CGCACAUUCGCUUUCAGACAACCGGUACGAGAACGCGCUUGUUUCACUUUCGAUUUUAUUCGAUAAAUUGUUUUAAAUUAAAUUUGUUAACUAAUUGUUUUAAUAAUGAAGGUGUUAAUAUUUGUUUUUAUCGCAAUCGCGUCCUGUGUUUACGGGGAUGUCCCUGAUUAUUUCCCGCAUUGCAAGAAGAGUGACCCGCAAAUAGAGAAAUGCGUUUUAGACGCUGUGGAGGCUAUGAGGCCGAGGUUAAAGGGAGGUAUCCCAGAAGUGAAUAUACCCGCUCUAGACCCCUUCACAGUCCCCACGUUGAAAUUAGACAGGACCGCAUCGAACCUUCGACUGAAAGCUAAUCUCAGAAACAUGAAGGCUUUGGGUGGUUCUAAUUUCAAGAUUGAAAAAUUCAAAUUGAAUUUGAACAACAAAUACUUAGCGGAGGUGAGGCUGUCGAUUCCUAAACUGAUCGUGGCGGGUGAAUACGAUGUGCGCGGCUCGCGCAUUCUGACUGUGGAUAUCAACGGCAAGGGCAAGCUUAGGGGCAACUUCACUGGAAUAUACGUAGUAGCGAAGGGACUUGCGAAGCCAAUCGUAAAAGACAACAUCGAGUAUCUCCAAGCGGAUAAAAUUAUCACAAAAGUAAAGAUCGGUCACGGUCACAUAGCGCUGGUAGAUUCUGAUAGUCCCGCUGCGGCAACAUCAGCAGCGACUUUCUUCAACGCCAGUCCGGGUAUUGUGCUCGACAUAUUGAACCCGCUGAUAGAGGAGACCUCGGCCGCUGUGCUGAAGGCAUUCCUGAACAAAAUACUUGGCGGUAUACCAUUGAAGGAUAUUUUACAUGACGAAAACGCGUCGUAAUUUGGCAAACUCAAUAACUCUUAGAUUUUCACGUACUGAUGUAAGGAGUUGGUGGCUCUGAACGUGUUGGGUUUAAACUUAAGUGUAGAUUUGUGUAUCGCUCAAGUAUCACUCGGAUUAAGAUAUCAUUGGUUAAAACCUUUUUAUUUAAGACUAUGAUAGUUAAAAUCUGUUGGAAAAGAGCCAAAAAUAUAUGAAAAUAAUAUAGGACAAAAUGUAUAUUUUAAACACUUUUAUUUUUGCUACACUAACAGCAAGUUGGCAUUGAGUCCUCACGCCUGUGGACUUUUUUAGUAUUUUGUUCCUUAUUUUUAUAGUUCAGGAUUUCUACAAUUUUACAGUACUUAUAAGUUUUCAAUAUAUUAUAUAAGGUUUAAGUUCAGUGAUGUUUGUGAAUAAGGUAAUAUAAAUAGUACGUAUUUUUUUACAAUUAUCCUAAAUGCUGUAUUAAUUACAAAUUGUUUUAAGUAUAAAGUAUUUCUUUUGUGAUUUAUUAUUAAAUUAAGUACAUUAA